AAAAGGAUGAAGAUGAGGAUACAAAAGCAAAGAGGUUGCUGGUGUCGUGGGAGUCAGAGGCCUCCUCUGACGUGAAGCCUCCGCUGCCAGACCCGGCGUUUAACAGGAGGUGCAGCCUGCUCGCCAGUGACGUCAGAUAUAAAGAAGACUUCGAGAAGAUGAAGGGACAGAGUCUGUUUGUUCCCGGAGCCGAACUCAUCCACGCCAAGAACAUCAGCGCUGUGAUCUCUGAGUCUAAGUAUAAGGAGGAGGGGAAGAAGGAGGCGGCUGUUUCUCUGUACUCCAUCCUGCCGGAGACUCCAGAGACGCAACAUGCCAGAGAGGCUUCAGAGCUGCAGAGCGAGAUUAAAUACAAAGGAAACGUGAAAACAGAGAUUUCCUCGUCCCUUUAUUCUCUGCUGCCAGAAACCACAGAGACCCAGUUUGUUAAAGAGCUGUCUGAGAUACUGAGCGAGAACAAGUACAAAGAGGAGGGAAAGAAGGAGAUGAGCAGCAGUUUGUACUCUCAGCUUCCCGAAACCACCGAGAUGCAGCUCGCCAAGACUGUCCACGAGUUCCAGAGCGAGAAAAAGUACAAAGAAGACGGGAAGAGGAAGGCCUCCAUCUCCAUCUACUCCCAGCUCGCUGAUACUCCAGAAAUACAGCACGCUCUGGAGGUGUCACAGCUGCAGAGUGAGGUGAAUUAUCGCCCUAAGACGAUGGUUAGAGGAGCUCCCGCCUCUCUCUACUCUCAGCUGCCCGACACCACAGAGAUCCAGUUUGCCAGAGAGAUGACUGAGAUGCACAGCGAGAGUAAGUACAAAGAGGGCGGCAGGAGGAGCCUCUCCCAGAGUUUCUACUCUCAGCUCCCAGAAACUGCCGAGACUCAGUUUGCUAAAACAGUUGCUGAGCUGCAGAGCGAGAGGCGCUACAAGGAGUCGGGGAAGAAGGGCGUGAACUCGUCUCUGUACUCUCUGCUCCCGGAAACGCUGGAGACGGCUCGCGCCAGGGAGGUGUCAGAGCUGUGCAGUGAGGUGAAAUAUAAAGAAGACGGUAAGAAGGAGAUGAACAUCAGCCUGUACUCUCUGCUGCCCGAGACCAUCGACACACAGCACGCCAAGCAGGUGUCAAACCUGCAGAGUGAGGUGAAAUAUAAAGAAGGUCUGAAGCAGAAGAUUCAGAGCAGUUUGUACCAUCGGCUCCCAGAGACCACAGAGACACAGCUGGCCAAACAGCUGUCUGAGCUGCAGAGUGAGGUGAAAUAUAAAGAAGAUGGAAAGAAGAAGGCGAGCGCCUGCCUGUAUUCUCUGCUGCCUGAAACUCUGGAGACACGACACGCUAAAGAGGCGGCAGAGCUGCUCAGUGAGAUUAAAUAUAAGGAGGGUGGGAAGAAGGAGAUGUCCAGCUCGCUGUACUCCACUCUGCCCGACACGUCAGAAACCAGCUUCGCCAGAGAGAUGAGCGACAUGCUGAGCGAGAUUAAAUACAAAGAGAGCGGGAUGAAGAGCCUGUCUAAGAGUGCCUACAGUCAGCUACCAGAGACCGCCGAGAUGCAGUUUGCCAAAAAUGUUGCUGCGCUGCAGAGCGAGAUGAAGUACAAAAAGGGAAAGAAAGACGUGUCGAGCUCUCUGUACUCCACCCUGCCGGAGACUCUGGAGACGCUGCACGCCAAAGAAGCCUCUGAAGUGCAGAGCGAGCUGAAGUACAAGGCCGACCAGAAGAAAAAUCUUUCCUGCAGCCUCUUCCACCUCCUGCCAGAGACGUUAGAGACGGCUCACGCUAAAGAAGUCUCCGAGCUGCUCAGCGAGGUGAAAUAUAAAGAAGACGGUAAGAAGGAGAUGAACAUCAACCUGUACUCUCUGCUGCCCGAGACCAUCGACACACAGCAGGCGAAAGAGGUGUCGAACCUGCAGAGUCAGGUGAAAUAUAAAGAAGGUCUGAAGCAGAAGAUUCAGAGCAGUUUGUACCAUCGGCUCCCAGAGACCACAGAGACACAGCUGGCCAAACAGCUGUCUGAGCUGCAGAGUGAGACCAAGUACAAGGAGGCUGGUAAAAAAGAGGCGAACGCCUGCCUGUACUCCCUCCUGCCUCACACCAUGGAGACGCAGCAUGCGAAAGAAGCUGCAGAGCUGCUGAGUGAGGUAAAAUACAAAGAGAGCGGGAAGAAGGAGAUGUCCAGCUCGCUGUACGCCACUCUACCCGACACUUCAGAAACCAGCUUUGCCAGAGAGAUGAGCGACGUGCUGAGCGAGAACAAGUACAAGGAGGCUAUGAAGAGAAGCCUCUCUCAAAGUUUUUACUCACAGCUCCCAGAAACCAUUGAGACUCAGUUCGCAAAAACAGUUUCUGGGCUGCAGAGCGAGAUGAAGUACAAAGAAGCAGGAAAGAAGGGCGUGUCAAGCGCCCUCUAUUCAACUCUACCUGAGACUCUGGAGACACAGCACGCUAAAGAGGCUUCUGAGCUGCAGAGUCAGCUGAAGUACAAGCAAACUUUAAAGAAAGAUGGGCCCAGCCUUUACCACCUGAUGCCAGAAACCAACGAUACACAGUUUGUUCGUCAGCAGACAGAGAUGCUCAGUGAGGUCAAGUACAAAGAAGAUAUGAAAGAGAUGAGUUUCAACUUGUACUCUCUGCUCCCCGACACCCUCGACACCCAGCAUGCUAAAGAGCUGACGGAGAUGCAGAGCGAGGCAAAAUACAAAAAGGCCAAUAAGAAGGACACAUCGACAUCUCUGUACCACCGACUACCUGAAACUCUGGAGACACAGCACGCUAAAGAGGCUUCCCAGCUACAGAGUCAGGUCUCAUAUAAAGAGGCUGUGAAGAAGUACUUGUCAUGUCCAGUUUACCACCUGCUCCCUGAUACUCUGGAGACCCAGUUUGCCCGAGAGGUCACCGACCUGCAAAGCCAAAAAAAGUACAAGGAGGGGAUGAAGAGCAUGUCUCAGAGUAUCUACUCUCAGCUGCCUGAAACCGCUGACACAAAGUUUGCUAAAUCGGUGUCUGAGCUGCAGAGCGAGACAAAGUAUAAGAAGUCAGGGAGGCAGGAGACCGGCAGCAGUUUGUACUCUGUGAUGCCCGAAACUCUGCAAACUCAACACGCCAAGCAGGCCUCACAGAUACAGAGCCAGGUGAAGUACAAAGAGGACGGGCAGAAGGAGCUGUCGUCCACUUUGUUCUCCAGCCUUCCUCAAACCCUGCAGACUGAGCUGGCCAAAGAAGUGACGGAGCUGCAGAGUCAGGUGAAAUACAAGGAGGGCUGUAAGAAGGAAACGUCCUCCUCACUCUUCCACCUCAUGCCUGAAACACCAGAGAUGCAGUUUGCCAAGGAGAUGUCGGAGAUCCAGAGCGUGGCAAAGUACAAACAGGACAAAGAGGAUCUGCCCAACACUUUGUACUCACUGCUGCCCGAAACUCUGGAGACUCAGUUUGUUAAAGAGAUGGCUGAGACACACAGCGAGGUGAAGUACAAGCAGGCGGGUAAGCAGCACACGGCGUCGUCUCUUUACUCCAAACUGCCCGAAACUCUGGAGACCAAACACGUCAAAGAAGUGACUGAACUGCAGAGUGAAGUACUCCAGGUUCCUCACAUAGACAAAGACGUGUUCGAGGUUGGUGAUUCUAAACUGGUCGUAGAUGUGAAUGGUUGUCUGUCUCUCUGUGUUAGCCAUGUGAACGACUGGCAGCCAUCCAGGGUGUAUCCCACUCUCAUCCUGUGA